AUGCGGCCGCCGCGGCCGGCACUUGUUCCCGGGCCUUUUGGGAAAGGGCGCUACAACAAGGCCACGGAGACCUACUCGGAGCGCAGGGUCCUGUACGCGGAGUGGGGAAGAGCCCGCUGCUGGUACAAAGAGCAGCCUCUCUCUCUCAUCAGGCGCUACUUCGGCGAGAAGGUUGGCCUGUACUUCGCCUGGGUCGGCUUCUACACCACCAUGCUGGUCUUGCCAGCCUUCGUCGGGAUCUUCACGUCACUCUACGGACUCGCGUACAUGCUCACCAAUAAGCCCACGGAGGAGGCGUGCGACCCCAACACCUUCGGGAACUUCACGCUGUGUCCGAGCUGCAUGAAGCUGUGUCCCUACGACAUGCUCAAGAACAAAUGCACCAUCACGAGGCUGCGCAGCGUCAUAUCCAGCACUUGUCUUUAUCUGAACUUUCGAGACCAUUCCAUCUCGAUAACGUUGCUGGCGGUUGCAGCCACCAUAUUCAUCGAGUUCUGGAAGCGUCAACAGGUUGUACUCGCCUGGGAGUGGAACCUCAGCAACGUCGACACCCUCACGGAAGUGGUGAAUCCGGAAUACGAAGCCAAGGCACGCGUCUACAAGCUGAACCCUGUCACCCUCCUCUUACUGGUGCUGUGCACAGUCAUGGGGGUGAUCGGAUACCGCAUCUUCAUGGUGACCUUCCUGUCGAGCAAGGUCUCCAGGAUCACGGCGACAAUCGGCUCCACCGUCAGCGCGUCCACGAUCAACUUGGCUGUCAUUCUGUGCAUGAACAGGGUGUACGGCUGGGUCGCCACUCGUUUGACAGAUCUGGAACGGCCUCGGACGCAGCGGGAAUACGAGUACAGCUUCGCAUUCAAGAUGUUCCUCUUCACCUUCCUCAACAACUACUCGUCCCUCAUAUACAUCGCCUUCUUCAAAGGAAGGUCAGAAAACGGCGACACAUCUUAUUACUACCCACCUAUAUUUAUUUGCGGCAAAAAUAUCCGUACCAUGUCGUGUUGUCGCCAACACCUGACCUUUCGUUUCAUACCACAGUGCGAAGGCGGCUGCCUAUACGAAGUAUUCGUCCAGCUCGCCACCGUCAUGUUGGGUCAGCAAGCCAUCAGGACCGGGAAUAGCAUUGUGGUUCCCAUCGUGAAGGCGUGGUGGCGGCAGCGUCGCAGGCGACUCGGCAAGGAAGCCGUCGAGCAGAAAUCCAAGCUCGCGCGUUGGGAGGAGGACUUCAACCUCGACGAGUGCCCCAAGCUCGCACCCUUCGACGAGUACCUCCAAAUGGCGAUCCAGUUCGGCUUCGUCACGCUGUUCGUGGCCGCGUUUCCCCUGGCGCCCCUGUUCGCGCUCAUUAACAACGUCUGCGAGAUCAGGCUCGAUGCGUACCGGUACAGCAAGCGGCUGCGACGUCCAGUCGCCGAGAGGGCCCCAAAUAUCGGUGCAUGGCAAGCCAUUCUGAGGCUCCUCGCACGCUGCGCCGUGAUUUGCAACGCUUUCCUGAUCGCCUUCACGAGCGAGUUCAUCCCGCGACUCGUCUACCAGGUGCGCCACAGCAAGGGGCUCAGCCUGAGCGGCUACGUCAACUUCACGCUGGCCACGUUCGACACCAGCGACUACGACGAAGCCCACCGGCCGGAGAACGGCACCCUGGACGGGUCCAUCGUGCGGGAGUGCAGGUGCCACGCUCUCCCAUUGCUGUAGUCAUUUUGACAGUCCACGUGCUGUCUAUAAUAGGCUGUGGCGCAUUCAUGUGGAAUUACGAAGCACGCCCGCCGCUGACAACACCGAUAAUCGAUUUGAACAGUCUGCAUGCUCUUUACAUAUACGGACUGCG